AUGGCUUCCUUCUCUGGUCUCCGCAUCUUUCUCUACGGCACCCUUUGGGUCUUUGCCGUUGUCGAGCUUGCUUUGACGGCUGUCCGUCUGCAUUACACGCUCACAUUCGCACCUGGUGAUCCCCUCAAUGGUGGCCGCCACUUCUACGAUCCGGUCAAUGUCGAGCUUCUGGUGACGUCCUGCCUGGCCAUUCUUUGGGCACCCCACGCUAUCCAUGCCAUCUCGAGGCGCCGCGACCGCGGCUUCGUCACCAGCUUCACGUUCGAGAACAUCGCACUCUUCAUCCUAUGGGUCAUGAUGCUUGUCGGCGCCGCGUACGCCACGCACCUUUGGGGCGGCGUAUCGUACUGCUGGAAGGGCUACUGGCAGUGCCGUGAGCUCUCGGCAAUGCUCGCGUUCGCGUGGAUGUCGUGGAUCAUCAUGACCUUCCUUUGGAUCCUUGCCAUCUUCAUCCCGACGCGCAACUCGGCUUGGGACAACCAGCCCAUGCACGGCUACUACCUCGGCCCUCGAGAGAGCCUCGCACCCGAGACCGCUCAGUAUCGCGCGUAA